AUGAUGGAUUUGGACGUGCUUCUAUGAAGAAAUGCCACGUGUCUCAACUGGUCCAAGAACAAACAUGUCCAGACUCCUGCCACCUUAGGGGACUAGGUCUUGGUGACAGCGCUUCCCGGGGAAUCAGGCGCGGUCUGACCCAGGAACAGGAAGCACACCAUCACCAAUGACAUCAUGACAGCAAGAGAGCACAGCCCUCGCCAUGGGGCCAGGGCCCGUGCGAUGCAGCGGGCUUCCACCAUUGAUGUGGCAGCCGACAUGCUGGGCCUCUCUCUGGCAGGAAAUAUACAAGAUCCAGAUGAGCCCAUUUUAGAAUUCAGCUUAGCUUGCAGUGAGUUGCAUACUCCAUCGCUAGAUCGAAAACCAAAUAGUUUUGUAGCAGUGAGCGUCACCACCCCUCCUCAGGCAUUCUGGACGAAACACGCGCAGACGGAGAUCAUCGAGGGAACCAACAAUCCUAUAUUUCUAAGCAGUAUUGCCUUCUUUCAAGACUCUCUUAUCAAUCAGAUGACCCAAAUCAAACUCUCCGUGUAUGAUGUCAAAGAUCGAUCUCAGGGAACAAUGUAUUUACUGGGUUCUGGAACAUUCAUUGUCAAAGAUCUGCUCCAGGACAGGCAUCAUAGGUUGCAUUUAACACUAAGAUCUGCGGAGAGUGACCGCGUGGGUAACAUCACCGUGAUCGGCUGGCAGAUGGAGGAGAAGUCAGACCAGCGGCCCCCUGUGACCCGGUCUCUGGACACCGUCAAUGGGAGGAUGGUUCUCCCCGUUGAUGAGAGCUUGACAGAGGCGCUGGGAAUCCGAUCCAAGUAUGCUUCGUUGCGAAAAGACACUUUACUGAAAUCGGUGUUCGGCGGCGCCAUCUGCCGCAUGUACCGGUUCCCCACCACGGACGGCAACCACCUGCGGAUCCUAGAGCAGAUGGCCGAGAGCGUGCUCUCCUUGCACGUGCCCCGGCAGUUCGUGAAGCUCCUGCUGGAAGAAGACGCGGCCAGAGUGUGUGAGCUGGAGGAGUUGGGGGAUCUGUCCCCUUGCUGGGAGAGCCUCCGGCGCCAGAUUGUCACUCAGUACCAGACCAUCAUCCUCACGUACCAGGAGAACCUGACUGACCUCCAUCAGUACAAAGGUCCCUCGUUUAAAGCGAGCAGUUUGAAAGCAGAUAAAAAGUUAGAAUUCGUUCCCACAAACUUGCACAUACAGAGGAUGAGAGUUCAAGACGAUGGGGGGUCAGAUCAGAACUACGACAUUGUCACCAUCGGAGCACCAGCUGCACACUGCCAAGGUUUUAAGUCAGGAGGUCUCCGCAAAAAGCUGCACAAAUUUGAAGAGACCAAGAAGCAUACACCAUCCAGCUGCCAGUCCAUAAUCUACAUACCACAGGACAUCAUCAGAGCCAAGGAGAUCAUUGCCCAGAUCAAUACCCUGAAAACCCAAGUGAGUUACUAUGCAGAGCGGCUCUCGAGGGCAGCCAAGGACAGGUCUGCCACUGGCCUCGAAAGAACCCUCGCCAUCCUGGCAGACAAGACCCGGCAGCUGGUCACCGUGUGCGACUGCAAGCUGCUGGCCAACUCCAUCCACGGGCUGAACGCGGCGCGGCCCGACUACAUUGCCUCCAGGGCCUCCCCCACGUCGAGUGAGGAGGAGCAGGUGAUGCUUAGGAACGACCAGGACACCCUCAUGGCCAGGUGGACGGGGAGGAACAGCCGGUCUUCUCUGCAGGUGGACUGGCAUGAGGAGGAGUGGGAAAAAGUGUGGCUGAAUGUAGACAAGAGCCUGGAGUGCAUCAUUCAGCGGGUGGACAAGCUGCUGCAGAAGGAGCGCCUGCACGGCGAAGGCUGUGAGGAUGUCUUCCCGUGCGCGGGCAGCUGUACCAGCAAGAAAGGUAACCGGGACAGCCACGCCUACUGGAUCAAACCGGAAGACCCCUUCUGCAAUGUGCCCUCCUCACCAUGCCCCUCCACCGUCUGCUCGAUGCCAUCCUCACCUGCAUGCCAUCCUCACCUGACCACACAUUGCAGCCCCCCUCCUGACGAGUCCAGCCCAGGUGAAUGGAGCGAGGCCCUUUACCCCCUGCUGACCACCCUCACAGACUGCGUGGCCAUGAUGAGCGACAAGGCCAAGAAGGCGAUGGUCUUCCUGCUCAUGCAGGACAGCGCUCCCACCAUAGCCACAUACCUGAGCCUGCAGUACCGCCGUGAUGUGGUCUUCUGCCAAACCCUGACUGCUCUCAUCUGUGGCUUCAUCAUCAAGCUGAGGAACUGCCUGCAUGACGACGGCUUCCUGCGGCAGCUCUACACCAUCGGGCUGCUGGCCCAGUUUGAGAGCCUGCUGAGCACCUACGGUGAGGAGCUGGCCAUGCUGGAGGACAUGAGCCUUGGAAUCAUGGACCUGAGGAACGUGACCUUCAAAGUCACUCAGGCCACGUCUAAUGCAUCGACUGACAUGCUGCCUGUCAUCACUGGAAAUCGUGAUGGGUUUAACGUGCGGAUCCCGCUACCGGGCCCCCUGUUCGACGCGCUGCCCCGGGAGAUCCAGAGCGGCAUGCUGCUGCGGGUGCAGCCCGUCCUCUUCAAUGUGGGCAUCAACGAGCAGCAGACACUGGCCGAGAGGUUUGGCGAUACAUCUUUACAAGAAGUUAUCAACGUGGAAAGUUUGGUGCGGUUAAACUCCUACUUUGAGCAGUUUAAGGAAGUUUUGCCCGAGGACUGCCUACCUCGAUCUCGGAGCCAGACAUGCCUGCCGGAGCUGCUGCGUUUUCUGGGCCAGAAUGUACACGCCAGGAAGAAUAAGAAUGUCGACAUUCUCUGGCAAGCUGCUGAGAUCUGCCGCCGCCUUAACGGGGUCCGGUUCACCAGCUGCAAGAGCGCCAAGGACCGCACGGCCAUGUCAGUGACGCUGGAGCAGUGCCUGAUCCUGCAGCACGAGCACGGCAUGGCCCCGCAGGUGUUCACCCAGGCGCUGGAGUGCAUGCGCAGUGAGGGUUGUCGAAGAGAAAAUACAAUGAAGAAUGUUGGAAGUCGCAAAUAUGCAUUUAAUUCCCUGCAGCUGAAGGCUUUCCCCAAGCAUUACAGGCCUCCCGAAGGGACUUACGGAAAAGUUGAAACAUGAACACAUGGUUCCUCUAAUUAGCUGUUACAUACUAAAUGUGGGUACCCUGUAGUGUCAUAUUUGAAUUCUUCAAGAAGA